GUAGGCGAGGGUGGGGCCGAGGGCGAGCCGUGCAAAGCAGGGAGCAGAGCGGUCGAGCCGGGCUGGCCACCGCCAAGGCUGCCGAGAGAGCGCGACGCCGGACGAGAGGACUGACGAUCAUUGGUCGACACUGGUGGUAGCGUUUAUAGAGCACCUACUGUGUGCCGGGUACGGGGCCCAGCACUUAACAGAUCUGACCGCUGAUCUUCACGGGAGCCCGUGAGGCGGGGGCUGCCGCUAUCCCCACGAGGACGCGGAGGCACACUGCUCACGUCCAGGCUGGACUCGAAUCCAGACCCGGUGAUCCCCCAGGUAGCCGUGACCCCGUGAGCUCGGCCCUGGGUGAGGGGCCGGCUUCCCUCUCGGUACUUCUCUGCCCCGGGGCAGGUCACGUGACAUAGGAGAAGGUCUCCGUGCCCUGAUCACAGCCAGAUUUCUGCCCCCCCAAGGGGAGGGCGGGACAGAUGCCAGCGGGUGUCCGGGGCGGUUCCCGGAAGGCUUGGGAGCCAGGGAGACGCCGGGCACUUCUCGAGAACAUUCCCGAGCCACAGAGCGCCCCCGAGGACAUCCUGCCCACGGCAUCCGUGCCAAGAAGGGCCACGGCGGGCAAGGCGGGCGCUGGGCGAGAGCUCUGGCCAAAGAGCUCACAGCUGGGGCCCCACGGGCCCGGGCGGCUCUCCAGCAAGUGCAGCUUAAGAGAGCCCGGGCACAGUCGGGGCCGGCAGGGGCGCCUCCAAACUCAUGAGGGCGCUGCCCACGUGGAGUCACUGCCCCCCCAGCGGGGCCAGAGCCCGCCCCAAAGGGAGAAGACACUGCACAUGGACACCCUCAUCCCAGAGUCUGGCUUAUUCUGGCCGCCUCCAAAAGGCGAGGCCCAGAGGAAAGCGGAGGCCCCGGUCCAGGCCCGGCGAGUGGGCCCGAGGACCCCGCGGGGACGUCUCCUCAGCUCCGAGCUCCGACCCGGGCCGGGGGCCAUGGGCAGGGACUUCACGGCGCUCCUCCGAGCUAGUCUGGACCACGCUCUCUGCCUUAUGGGGGAACCCAGGCAGCCCCGGCGCUUGGACCGCAUCCCCAAGGGCCUGACUGUGCGCCGGCGCUCACUGCGGGCACGGCUUCCCUAUGUACGUGAUGGGGGCGGGGCCACGGCCGGGAGCGCUCUCACCGCUUUCCCUGGCGGUCCUCGGCCUUUUUGCUUAAGGCACCUUUAAAGUUACUCCAAAAGGAGGCCCGAGCCUCCCCUGACUCCCUCCUGGUCCAGGCUGGGCAGGGUAGGGAGGAACCCCACCAACCAAGCACCCACUGUGCACCGGGCACGGGGCACGGGCAGCACAGGGGCCACAAAAACCAGACAGACCCCGCAUCCAAGGAGGCCCCGCGUGCAAACGCAGGCCUGUAAAACUGAGGGGGGGAUCACAGGGCGAGGAGGGGUGCACGGACACGGCUCCACGCGCAGGGGUGGGGGGCGCCAGCUAAGGGCCCCUCGUGCCACUUGUCUGCAGCACCCCACAAGGAAGCCACGGGCCCUUUACACCAGGAGAAAAGGGGGAAGGUCAAAAAGAGACAUCAGACACGAGGUCACGGGGGGUCAGAGAUUUCAGACACAAAGUUACAGGGGGGUCAGAGAGAUGUCAGACAUGAGGUCACGGGGGUCAAAGGCAGACCACAAACCCGAGUCCUCAGACCCGGCUUAGGGACCACGACUGGUGGGAUUGUGGGGAGUGAGAUGGACGCACUAAUCCAUCACUGGGGAGACUUUGGAAAGCCAUAGUGAAGGAGGUGGGGUAAGUGCCCGGGAUGUCCGUCCCCUUGAGCCCAGAGUCCCCACAAGCGGGGGGGUGGCCCAACAAAGACAAUGGCCCUCGGCCAGAGCGAGGCAGCGAAGUGGCAGGAAAGCAAAUGCCCCUGCGCGGGCGAGGGCCGAGCCAGGGGUAGGGAACUCCCAGGUGAGGAAGCUCCCUCCACCAGAGCGGGCUGAGGUCCGAGGGAGAUGCGGAGGCUGCCGCUGGUGACGGCCGACGCCAAACAAGGCGAGCGGGCCGGAGCGGCGCCGGAGCUGGUGAAGGCGGGACCCAAGUGAGGGCUGGCCUUAAGGCAGGCGAGCAGGCCCGAGCCACCAGUGACGGCCUACGCCAAACGAGGCGAGCAGC